GCUGCCGCAAAGGCGCCGCAGGAUAUGUCAGUCGCACUAAGCUCAAAACUGAACCUGGGCAGGUCUGUGCUGGCCUGGCACAGUUCUGGGCCACGGCCAUGCUGUGAGCUCUCUCAACUGUGAGCGCUGGGCUGCCUAAGCAAAGUCAGACGACGCCGUGUGUUUUGUUUUGCCAGUCGCUCAGCGCUUUGCCAGUCGGAAGGCAGCAGUUGUUGGACGAGUUUGCUUUUGGCGUGGAGCGUGUAGUGUGUAGCGUUGUAUACGCCUGGAGCCUGCUAGCUGGGAAACGGAAUCGAAGCUGAAUGUCGAGUUGAAGCUAAACCUACUGCAUAAACAAACACAAUUGGAUAAGCAAUGGGCAACAAAGUUGUGACAUUCACCGAACAGCAAUUGGAUGACUAUCAGGAUUGCACGUUCUUUACACGCAAAGAGAUACUGCGCGUGCAUAAACGCUUUCGUGAGCUGCGUCCGGAUUUGGUGCCACGCCAAAUGACCGAGGGUCAAACCUCGAGUGUCAAGGUUCCACGCGAAUGCAUUGAGAAGAUGCCCGAGUUGCGUGAGAAUCCAUUUCGACGACGUAUCUGCGAGGCAUUCUCACGCGAUGGCCAGGGCAAUUUAUCCUUUGAGGACUUCUUGGAUGCCCUCUCCGUGUUUAGCGAGCAAGCACCCCGAGAUAUUAAAGUCUUUUACGCAUUCAAAAUUUAUGAUUUCGAUCAAGACGGCUUCAUUGGGCACGCUGACCUCAUGUCCUGCCUGACGACAAUGACCAAAAACGAGCUGAGCCCGGAGGAGCACCAGCAGAUUGCUGACAAGGUAAUCGAGGAAGCCGACGUCGAUGGCGAUGGCAAGCUAUCAAUUCUGGAGUUCGAGCAUGUUAUCCUCCGUGCCCCCGACUUUCUCUCCACAUUCCACAUACGAAUCUAAACGAGGGAGAAAGAGCAGCAAAAACUUCUUCUUCAUCUUCGUUUGCUGCAUAUUUAAGUACUUUGUGUGUAGUUUUAUUAUUGAAUUGCUGUUACUGCUGCCACAGCUACACAGCUACAUAGCUACUUGUGCAACCUGCAACUGUGUGGCUGCUGCCACAUCACAUAAAAAUGCCAUCAGUGUGAUUAAGUCUGACCAAUUGUCCUGACAAUGUGCAUGUCAAAUGUCACCAUAGCAAACGAGCAGCAGCAAAACGUUAUAAAAUUUAUAAGCUUCAUGUACUCAUGUAUUCAUACACACACACACACAUCUGAGUAGCUAUGUGUGUGUGUGUGUCACAACCUAUGCCCAACAAAAAUGUUAAAUAUGAUCGACAAUAGGCUGAAAGUAUGUGAAAAUACCCUGCAAUCAGUGGUCAGCUUAAAGCUGCCUUCAAAAUAAUACCCCUUAAUCAACAGCAGCUAUAUUGUUGGGUUUAUGUAUUGUGUAGUAAUGUUUACUAAAAAACUGCUUAAU